CCCCCUGCCUUGCUUCUCCCCAAGCAGAAAUGGUUGUGCAAGGGCUCUGGCUGAGUGGCCUCCUCCCCAGGAGGGGCAAAGAGGAGGCAGCAAUGAUUUACCAGAGCAGCAGCAGCAGCAGCAACACAAGCACAAGGUCCCUGGGCUCUCGCCAGCCCUCCAACAGCAGACCUUUGAGACUGCAGCUGGGAAGAGGAAGGCCAGGGCUGAGCCACCCACCCUCACCCUGCCCCGGGGCCCCACCAUGCUUUCCAGCCUCUACUCCUACCUGGUCUCCUGGCUGCCCACCUUCCCCAGCCUGGCCUGGGGCUCCGAUCUGGUGGACUCCAUCUUGCAGGGGCUGGUGGGUGCCUGUGCCGUCUCCAUCCUGGGCACCCUGAUGAAGAUUUACAUCUACAUCAACUGUUUGAACGACCCCGACCGGCAGAAGGAGAAGGAGAUCAUCCGCAACCAGUGGCCCCUCCUGGACCAGCUGCAUCUCCUGGUGCUGACUGGGACCUUCACGGUGGUUGGCUACCGUGUGGCUGCCUUGGUGGUGCUGGAGUUCUCCCUUCGGGCCAUCUCCACCGUCCUCUCCCUUGACAAGGGGGCGCACAGCAGCCAGCUCUACCUCCUCUGCCAGUACUCCCUGGGCUGCGGCAUCUCCUGCAGCCUCAGCUACCUCCAGGAGGGGGCGCCCCACCGCACGUGGAACCUGCUCCUCAGCGUCGGCCUGGCCGGACUCCUAACUUACUAUGUCUGGCGCAUGGCACGCCACGUCUUCACCAUGUACGAGCUCCACUGCAAGGAGCGCUACUGCGGGGCCUGCCUCUUCCUCCUGACCACCUGGCACGGCAUCCCUCGCCUCCUCUGCAACGCCCUCAAGGUCACCUUCGUGGUGGCCGACCUGGCGGCGGUGGCCCUGAUCAACCGGGACUUCCUCACCACCUCGGAGGCCGUCCGCUUCUGGACCCCGCUCACCAUCUGCUACACUCUGCUUGUCAUCUACAUGCAAGAAGAGCAACGGCAGAACCCCACAGAGCAGAUGGCCUACCAGACGGUCUUUGUCAGGAUGGGGGGCCUCCUGAUUCUGCUGAUGACCGUUGGCCGGUGGAUGGACAUUGUGAACGUCGUCGUUUCACUGGUUGGGGAGAUCUGGUGCCUGAUGCGGGCGGGAAUCCUGCUGGAUAUCUGCAGGAAGCAGGAUUAUUCUCAAAGGUUCUCGCCCUCAGCUUCUGCCUCCCGACGGCCCUUGAGACACUACAAAGACCUUUCAAAAUCCCACUCUGCAACGGCAACAUCCUGAAACACAGAGCAGGCUCUGGAGGAGGCUGAUAUGAGCCAGUGACUGCAGGUCUAAGGUGGGGAAAUCCUAGGGGCUGGAUUCCAUCCCACUCCUUGAUUUCAUCUGAUCCACUGGGCUGGGCUGCUCUGGACUCUCUGGGCCCAGCAUUGGAUAUGGGAUAGAUAUUUCCUGCCUGUCACUUUACUAGAUGGUGACUUAUUUAUUUCUA